CAGAGGGUGGCGGAUGGCCCUGCCAGGCACAGGACUGACUGGCCAGCAUGUCACUCCUGGCGGCUCACCUGGUCAGCCUGCAGCUCUCCCUCUCCUGCUGCUGGGCUCUCAGCUGCCACAACACGGAGACGUCCGCCGACUUCAGCCUCCCUGGGGAUUACCUACUUGCAGGUCUGUUCCCUCUGCACUCUGACUGUUCGGGGGUGAGGCGCCAGCCCACGGUGACCCUCUGUGACAGGCCCAACAGCUUCAACGGUCAUGGCUACCACCUCUUCCAGGCCAUGCGGUUUGGCGUUGAGGAGAUCAACAACUCCACGGCUCUGCUGCCUAACGUCACCCUGGGAUACGAGCUGUACGAUGUGUGCUCGGAGUCUGCCAACGUGUACGCCACCCUAAACGUGCUCUCCCUGCUGGGGACACGUCACGUAGAGAUCCAAGCAGACCCUUCCCACUAUUCGCCUGCGGCCCUGGCUGUCAUUGGGCCCGACACCACCAACCACGCGGCCACCACUGCGGCCCUGCUCAGCCCCUUCCUGGUGCCCCUGAUCAGCUACGAGGCCAGCAGCAUGACGCUCGGAAUGAAGCGGCAUUACCCCUCGUUUCUGCGCACCAUCCCCAAUGACAAGUACCAGGUGGAGACCAUGGUGCUGCUGCUGCAGAGGUUCGGGUGGAUCUGGAUCUCGGUGGUGGGCAGCGACGGUGACUACGGGCAGCUGGGGGUGCAGGCGCUGGAGGAGCAGGCCACCCAGCAGGGCAUCUGCGUUGCCUUCAAGGACAUCAUACCCUUCUCCGCCCGGCCGGGCGACCGGAGGAUGCAGAGCAUGAUGCGGCACCUGGCCCGAGCGAGGACCACUGUUGUAGUCGUUUUCUCCAACAGGAAGCUGGCCAGGGUGUUCUUUGAGUCCGUGGUGCUGGCCAACCUGACUGCCAAGGUGUGGAUCGCCUCGGAAGACUGGGCCAUCUCCAGUCACAUCAGCAAAGUGCCUGGCAUCCAGGGCAUCGGCACGGUGCUGGGUGUGGCCAUCCAGCAGAGGCUGGUCCCUGGCCUGGAGGAGUUUGAAGAGGCCUAUGUCCAGGCAGAUAAGGGGGCCCCCAGGCCUUGUUCCAGGAGCUUCUGGUGCAGCAGCAACCAGCUGUGUAGAAAGUGUCGGGCUUUCACGGCAGAGCAGAUGCCCAAGCUCGGAGCGUUCUCCAUGAGCUCUGCCUACAAUGCCUACCGGGCUGUCUACGCAGUGGCCCAUGGCCUCCACCAGCUCCUGGGCUGUGCCUCUGGAGUCUGUGCCAGGGGCCGAGUCUACCCCUGGCAGCUUCUGGAGCAGAUCCGCAAGGUCAAUUUCCUCCUACACGAGGACACUGUGAUGUUUCACGACAACGGGGACCCUCUCAGCGGCUACGACAUAAUUGCCUGGGACUGGAGCGGUCCCAAUUGGACCUCCAGGGUCAUCGGCUCCUCCACGUGGCCUCCAGUUCAGCUGGACAUAAAUGAAACCAAAAUCCGGUGGCAUGGGAAGGACAACCAGGUGCCUACGUCUGUGUGCUCCAGCGACUGUCUUGAAGGGCACCAGCGCGUGGUUGUGGGUUUCUACCACUGUUGCUUUGAGUGUGUGCCCUGUGAUGCCGGGACCUUCCUCAACAAGAGUGCCCUCCACAGAUGCCAGCCUUGUGGGAAGGAAGAGUGGGCACCUGUGGGAAGCGAAACCUGCUUCCCACGCACCGUGGUGUUUUUGACUUGGCAUGAGCCCGUCUCUUGGGGGCUGCUGGCAGCUAACACGUUGCUGCUGCUGCUGGUGAGUGGGACUACUGGCCUGUUUGCCUGGCACUUGGACACCCCUGUGGUGAGGUCCGCUGGGGGCCGAUUGUGCUUCUUCAUGCUGGGCUCCCUGGCAGUGGCUAGCUGUGGGCUCUACGGCUUUUUUGGGGAGCCCACGCUGCCAACAUGCUUGUUGCGCCAAGGCCUCUUUGCCCUCGGUUUUGCCGUCUUCCUGUCCUGCCUGACCAUCCGCUCCUUCCAACUGGUCUUCAUCUUCAAGUUCUCUGCCAAGGUACCCACCUUCUACCAUGCCUGGGUCCAAAACCACGGUCCUGGCCUAUUUGUGGUGAUCAGUUCAACGGCCCAGCUGCUCAUCUGUCUAACUUGGCUGGCGGUGUGGACCCCGCUGCCCACCAGGGAGUACCAGCGCUUCCCUCAGCUGGUGGUGCUUGACUGCACGGAGGCCAACUCCCCGGGCUUCAUGGUGGCUUUCGCCUACAACGGCCUCCUGUCCGUCAGCGCCUUUGCCUGCAGCUACCUGGGCAAGGACCUGCCAGAGAACUACAACGAGGCCAAAUGUGUCACUUUCAGUCUGCUCCUCAACUUCGUGUCCUGGAUUGCCUUCUUCACCACCGCCAGCGUCUACCAGGGCAAGUACCUGCCCGCGGUCCACGUGCUGGCGGCGCUGAGCAGCCUGAGUGGCGGCUUCAGCGGUUAUUUCCUCCCCAAGUGCUACGUGAUCCUGUGUCGCCCAGAUCUCAACAGCACAGAGCACUUCCAGGCCUCCAUCCAGGAGUACACGAGCCGCUACGGCUCCACUUGACCACUGGGGCGG